AUGACGGAAAAGCUCAGCGACGCCCACUUCGAUGCCACGGCAGCAGCUCUCGAUAAAAUCACCGACCAAGCCGCCAACCAUCCCGAAGAUCCCAAAGAAGCACUCCACACUCCCUCCAACCAUGAAAGAUCUCACAAGUGGCUCAAGCGCAUCUUCCCCUACGAUAGUCUCGAGGCAAUGGAAUCUGCCUUCCACAUGGGCAACUACGUAAUGGAUCGCAAGACUGGCGAAAAGACCUUCGAGCCUAUGAGCAUCUAUGUGCGUGUGGGUAUGCAUGCUCUGUACUAUGGGUCCGAGCAAGAAAAAGCCCUCCACUGGAAGCGCACUGUCAAGCUGUUGAAAGAUCAGAGCGAGAAGAUGGGCAAGCAAUACGAUGACCCGAAGAGUGUUGACCACAUUGUUCCAUUCAUCGAGAGCUUUGAGCUGCAAGAGAGCAUGUCUGAGAUGAAGGAGCCCAAUCCUUCCAAGUACAAGAACUUCAACGACUUCUUCUCAAGAGAAAUUCGCGAGGACGCUCGACCAAUUGACGAACCUGGCAACGACCUCGUCGUAUCCUCGCCAGCAGACUGCCGUCUUACCGCUUUCCCUACCGUCGAUCUCGCGACAAAGUACUGGAUCAAAGGCUUCGGGUUUACUGUCUCUAAACUUCUAGCCUCCGAGUCCCUCGCUUCAGAUUUCAACAAUGGCAGCAUCGUAAUCGCCCGUCUCGCACCUCAAGACUACCACCGUUGGCACUCGCCCGUCUCCGGCACUAUCGAGUCCGUCACCGAGAUCCCCGGCGCAUACUAUACAGUGAACCCUCAAGCCAUCAACGAAGAAGGCACCCUCGACGUCUUCUGCGAAAACAGACGCAGUGUCAUGAUCGUCAGACGCAAAGAGACGGGAACAAAAGUCGCCAUCAUCGCCGUCGGUGCCAUGUUGGUCGGCAGCAUCAGAUACAACCCCGGCAUUGAAGUCGGCAGAGAAAUCAGACGGGGAGAAUGUCUAGGUGCCUUCCAAUACGGUGGCAGUACGGUCAUCAACCUCUACCAAGAAGGCGAUGUACAGCUUGAUGACGAUCUGGUUAACAACUCGACAAAGGAUGUCUGUGAGACUUUGGUCAGAGUUGGCUGGAGGGUUGGAGCAAGCUCUGGGUCGCCUUCAGCUUAG